AGUAAAGCGUAUUUUGCCCAAACAUCGAGAGUCACAGCUGGCAAAAGCAGUGACUCUAUGCAUUCAGACAUCUGUUACUGGUCUGAAAUGGUCGUAAUGUGUGGGAAAAUACUAGUAAACAAAGAUUUUUAUGAUUCAUGUCCUUGUUGGCUCUUUACCUGAGACUGAAUCAUGGGCUCAGAAGAUGUACUUAAGAGUGCAUCAACUCUCGCAUCGUACAACGUCCUGCUACAGGUGAUGUUUCGUGUGCUUACUUUCUUCCUGAACGCGUUCACACUGCGCUUUGUGUCCAAGGAGCUAAUAGGCGUGGUGAACGUCCGGUUGAUGCUGCUGUACUCAACACUAGUUUUCCUGUCCAGAGAGGCGUUCAGGAGGGCGUGUCUAAGCGCGGAAGGGGCGGAGCGUAAUUGGAGACAGAUUAUUAACCUGUUAUGGCUGACGUUGCCACUUGGCUGUUUUUGGGCUGUGUUACUGGUGUAUGUGUGGCUGUGGCUCCUCCAGCCUCCAGACCCUCAGACAGUCCCACACUAUGGACCUGCUGUGGGAAUCUUCUGCAUGGCUGCUCUAACUGAGUUGCUCGCUGAGCCUCUUUGGGUUCUUGCUCAUGCUCAUAUGAUUGUUCGCUUAAAGGUGAUUGCCGAAAGUCUAGCAAUAAUUGCUAAGUGUUUUGUCACCGUGAUGAUGGUGGUCUCUGCUCCCCAGUGGGGUCUCUAUAUAUUCUCUGCUGCCCAGUGUGUGUAUGCAGGAUUCCUGUGUCUUUGCUACAUUGUUUACUUCAUGCAUUUCCUGGGUUCUGAGGAAGCAGUGAAAAAUGUCUUUCCGCUGCGUCACAUCUCAGAGCUGCUUCCCACCAGAAUGAAAGGACAGCCACUGAUAAACUGGAAGCUUGCCACAUUGACAUGGAGUUUCUUCAAACAAUCUUUCCUUAAACAGAUUCUUACAGAAGGAGAGCGUUAUGUGAUGACCUUUCUGAAUGUGCUUAACUUUGGAGACCAGGGGGUGUAUGAUAUAGUGAAUAAUCUUGGCUCGAUGGUGGCACGUUUUCUCUUCUUGCCGAUUGAGGAGAGCUUCUACGUAUUUUUUGCAAAGGUGUUAGAGCGUGGACGUGACGUACAGCAUCAGAAACAAGAGGAGGUGUCUAUGGCAGCUAAUGUAUUGGAAUGUCUGCUGAAGCUGGUUCUUCUAAUUGGGCUGAUUAUCACAGCUUUUGGUUACUCCUACUCUUACCUGGCUCUCGAUAUGUACGGUGGGGAUAUUUUGAGCAGUGGAACAGGUCCCUCUCUUUUACGUUGUUUCAGUUUUUAUGUAUUACUUUUAGCCAUUAAUGGUGUAACAGAGUGCUUUGUUUUUGCUGCCAUGAGUAAGGAGGAGGUAGACAGGUAUAACCUGGUUAUGCUGGGACUAUCCGCCUCCUUUCUGUUGCUUUCCUAUUGGCUGACUUGGCUGUUUGGGGGCGUCGGAUUCAUCCUGGCAAACUGCUGCAACAUGGUUUUGCGAAUUAUCCAUAGCCUUAUUUACAUACAUCGCUACUUCCAGCACAGUGAACACACCCCACUGUCAGGGCUGCGCCCACACCCUGCACUCUUUGUCACACUCAUAAUCAGUUCCAUCCUGACAGCCUUCUCAGAGCGUAUGCUGUGUUGUGAUGGUGGAUGGUUGCUGAGGAUAGCGCAUAUCUCCAUCGGAGCAGUUUGUUUACUGGUUGUGGUCAUAGUGGCUUUUCUUACAGAAGAAAGACUUGUUCAGUUUAUCAGAACUCAGCUACUACCCAAAUACAACAAAAAACUCACAUGACCUUAGCUUUGAUCAUUAAUCAGUGGGACCUGUCAGUUUGGAGUUGGACCACAUAUUGCCUAGAUAAAUUUAUAGAAUAAAUAAAUAGAAUUCUUUCUAUUCUAGAAUUCGCCUCACACCUCCAGGGUUGGGGGUUCGAUUCCCGCCUCCGCCUUGUGUGUGUGGAGUUUGCAUGUUCUCCCCGUGCCUUGGGGGUUUCCUCCGGGUACUCCGGUUUCCUCCCCCGGUCCAAAGACAUGCAUGGUAGGUUGAUUGGCAUCUCUGGAAAAUUGUCUGUAGUGUGUGAUUGCGUGAGUGAAUGAGAGUGUGUGUGUGUGCCCUGCGAUGGGUUGGCACUCCGUCCAGGGUGUAUCCUGCCUUGAUGCCUGAUGACGCCUGAGAUAGGCACAGGCUCCCCGUGACCCGAGAGUAGUUCGGAUAAGCGGUAGAAAAUGAGUGAGUGAGAGUGAGUGAUUCAGGUUGGUUGCUGUGUUUAGACACUGAAUAUAUUUUUAUUAUUAUAAAAGUAAUAAAACAAUCAAAUCAAAUCAGUUUCUAUGUUAAAAGCAAACAUUAAAAUAUGAUGUUACAAAAUGUACUCUUUUACAAAAAGUAUGUGUUUACAGCAAAUUCUGUGUUUAGAGUCAAGACUUUUUAGAUAUUGACAUCCUAUUUAGGGCAGCAACAUGAAAACUACAACAAAAAAAUUUAGCCUGAGUAAUGUUUAUAGAUGGAUAUAGUUUUUAGUUGAUAUUUUAAAAAUUUCCAAUAAUAAAUAUUGUUUUAAAUAAUAGUUUAUUAUAAUUAUGAUGACAUUACAUACCACUAACAAUAUCAUAUUUAUAAUAAAUUAAUAACUGCAAUUUUUAGAGCCCUCUGCUGCCUGGGAUACCAGUAGUAUUUAAAAAACUGAAAAUUCUGCCUUUCUCCUAAACAACCGCACAGUGUCUAAUACAUAUUGCAAAUGACAGCUUUCUAAAGUAUGUUGAGCAAUAUAUUAUUAUUAUUACAGGUUUCUGAACACUUAAAAAUUACAAACUGCACCAUAGACUGACCACAGGUCAUACAUAAACUGUGAAAACAUUUUGUGGAGAGAACAAAAGAUCAACAAGGAAAUAAUAAAAGCAUUCCUAUCAA